AGGAAUUGUGGCUGGAGCAGCAGGUAAUGACUGGGGCCUUUUGUUGUUUCAGAUGUCGGUGACCUUCGAGGAGGUGGCUGUGUAUUUCACCCAGGGGCAGGGGGCUCUGCUGGACCCCGCUCAGAGAGCCCUCUACAGGGAUGUCAUGCAGGAGAACUACGAGACGGUGAUCUCGCUGGGAUUUCCCAUUCCCAAACCUGACCUGAUUGUCCAGCUGGAACAAGGGGAAGAGCUGUGGGUGCCGGAUCUCCAGGCCUGCGAGGAAAGAAGGCUUCUGAGAUGCCCCCAUUCAGCAGGUGCUGAGCGAGGGAGUGAGAACGUGGAGGGGAAUCAUCAUGAGGAAGAUCCCGGGGAAGUGGAACCACAGGGGACCUUUGUGGAAAGAGCUGAAGGAAAUUUUUCCCAGUGCUUGGAGCAGGGAGAAUCCUGGGGAAAUUACCACAGAUCAGAGAGGCUUCUGGGAAAGCUCCCAGGGAAGAAAGUGGAUGAAUCUAUUAACUGUAGGGGAGGAGAGAAGGAUCCCAGAGCGCAGCAGACAAAUCCCAAGGAAGAGACACCCUGGCACUACCUUCAGUGUGGGAAAGGGUUCACUGUGAGAUCACAGCUUGUGACACAUCAGACAAUCCAUACUGGAGAGAAACCCGUUCAAUGCUUGGACCGUGGGGAAAGCUUCAGUAAGCUCUCCAAUGUUAAUAACCACGGGAGAAGCCACAGUGGAGAAAAACCCUCUCAAUCCCUCGAGUGUGGGAAAAGUUUCAUUUCGAAGACGCAAAUAAUUAGACAUCAGUUAAGCCACACAGGAGAGAGACCCCACAAGUGCUUGGACUGUGGGAAAAGUUUCAUAAGAAGGUCACACCUAGUUCGUCAUCAGGCAUUACACACAGGAGCGAGACCCCACAAGUGCUUGGAGUGUGGGAAAGAUUUCAUACUGAAGUCACACCUAGUUCGUCAUCAGGCAUUACACACAGGAGCGAGACCCCACAAGUCCUUGGACUUACUGGAAAGUUUCGUACAAAGAUCAAACCUUGUUAAGCAUCAGGCAAUCCACACACGUGAGAGACCCCACAAGUGCUUGGACUGUGGGAAAAGUUUCAUACAGAGGUCACACCUUGUUGUACAUCAGGCAAUCCACACAGGAGUGAGACCCUACAAGUGCUUGGAGUGUGGGAAAAGUUUCAUAGAAAGGUCAGGCCUUGUUAGACAUCAGGCAAUCCACACAGGAGAGAAACCCCACAAGUGCUUGGACUGUGGGAAAAGUUUCAUACAAAGGUCAGAUCUUGUUAAUCAUCAGGCAAUCCACACAGGAGUGAGACCCUACAAGUGCUUGGAGUGUGGGAAAAGUUUCAUAAUAAAGUCAACCCUUGUUGAACAUCAGGCAAUCCACACAGGAGAGAGACCCCACAAGUGCUUGGUCUGUUGGAAAAGUUUCCUAAGAAAGUCAAACCUUGUUGAACAUCAGGUAAUCCACACUGGAGAGAGACCCCACAAGUGCUUGGACUGCGGGAAAAAUUUCAUACUGAAGUCACACCUAAGUCAUCAUCAGGCAUUACACACAGGAGCGAGACCCCACAAGUGCUUGGAGUGUGGGAAAGGUUUCAUAUGGAGGUCUGAGCUCAUUAAACAUGGAAGAAUCCACAAAGAAUCUAAACCUCUGUGACACAUGGCAAGAAAGGGUUAAGCAACUUGCGUGUAAUUCACUCAGAUUCAACUUUUAGAGAGAGAUUUUAAAAGUUUGUCCACCUUAGAUAAGCUAGAGUUUGACAUGUAAUUGUGUAUUUUUAGAGACUUGGAAGAAGAGGGCAAGUCAUGGCUGAGUAACCUAAGUGCCUUCUAUGAGGAGAUAAGUGGCUCUGUGGAUGAGGGAAAAGCAGUGGAUGUGUUAUUCCUUGACUUUUGAGCUCUAUAAGUAGAGGCAUUGCCAGCAGAUGGAGGGAGAUGAUCGUUCCC